CGCGGGCCCGCCCAACCGUCCCGGCGCGCUUCUGUUUGAACUCCUGAGGGGAGCGCGGCCGCCAUGGACGGGCGGCUCUCCCGCAUCCCCGUGCACUCCCGGCUCCACCGCCCCGAGCCGUCCGCAGAAUUGCAAAUGAAUUAUCCUUCAAAGAGAAAAUGUGUCAGCACAACAUCAGAGCCAGAGCUCAGCGUGGUUCCCAGUCUUCACUUUGCCUCAAACGUUCCAGCAGACAGUGUCUUCAAGCCUGCAAACCAAGGGUUGCCUAAGUCUGAGAAGAAAGUGGAACCAGUUUCAAAGAAGAUAGUGGCAAGACGCCCUCUCAGCAGAUACCAACUAGAAGCAGAGCUAAAAAACAAGAAUCAGUUGGUGGAAACACUCAAACAACAACUAGCAAGAGCAGAGGGCACUCUCAAGUUAAGGGAGUUAAAGAAGGAGAACGAGAGGCUUGUCCAUGAGGUUGAGAAUCUCAAGAAAAUUCAGGAGACUUGCAUGACGAUUUUAGAAAGCAGAAACAUCAAUCCUGGCAGCAACAUAGAGGAGGAGAAAGAGAUGCGUGCGUGCCGGGAAAAGACAACAAUGCUAACUAACAAGGUCACAGAAGAAUUGAUGCUAUUUUGUCACAGAGCUGCAAAAGAGAAGGAGAUGCUUGAGACAGCCAUGGCCAAGUGGAAAUCAGCACAAGAGGAGAACCAGCACGCCCUGGAGAAGCAUUCCGACUUCCAAGCUCAAAUUAAGGAAUGGAAAACCAAACUUGAAGCGCUGGGGAAGCUCCUGGCAAUGUGAGGCACGAGGAUGGACUGGGAUUUUUGCUCUUUCACCCCUAGUUCACUGGUCCCUGUUUGUCAAGCCCGGUUCCUGCGUUUGGUGAUCCAAACGCCGAGCUGGUGGCUGCUCCCCGGCGGGGUAGGGACGGACGGGGGGCUGAGGCAGCAGCGAUGGCCGGUCAGCCUUGUGUCGGGCGUUCGCCGCUCUGCUCCGGUGUCCGGUGUUCGUGGGAUUUAGUUCAAUAAAGGCGCUCCAAGGA